AAUGUCUAUGGCAAUGCACCAUUGUCUAUCUCUCCUUACUAACUGCAAGAGCUUAAGAGCUCUAACUCAAAUCCAUGGCUUCUUUAUCAAAUCCGGCGUCGAUUCCGAUUCUUACUUCACCGGAAAACUUAUCUUACAAUGUGCGGUUUCCAUUCCCGACGCUUUACCUUACGCUCGACGUCUUUUGUUCUGUUUUCCUGAACCCGAUGCGUUCAUGUUCAACACUCUCGUCCGGGGCUACUCCGAAUCCGAUGACCCGGGUAACUCCGUAGCGGUGUUUGUGGAGAUGAUUCGGAAAGGUUUAGUCUUUCCGGAUAGCUUCUCCUUCGCGUUUGUUGUCAAGGCGGUUGCGAAUUUAAGGUGUUUAAGAACUGGGUUUCAGAUGCAUUGUCAAGCUUUGAAGCAUGGCCUUGAUUCGCAUUUGUUCGUUGGUACUACUUUGAUCGGUAUGUAUGGGGAAUGUGGGUGUGUGGAGUUUGCUCGCAAGGUGUUCGACGAAAUGCGUCAACCGAAUUUGGUUGCGUGGAACGCUGUGAUCACUGCCUGUUUCAGGGGGAAUGAUGUUUCCAAAGCCAGGGAAAUCUAUGAUAAGAUGCUGGUAAAGAAUCACACAUCGUGGAACGUGAUGCUUGCUGGGUACACUAAAUCUGGGGAGGUUGAGAGUGCUAAACGGAUCUUCUUGGAGAUGCCUCACAGAGAUGAUGUCUCUUGGAGCACUAUGAUUGUUGGGUUUGCUCAUAAUGGGAGUUUCAGUGAUGCUUUCUCGUAUUUCAGGGAGUUGCAACGAGCGGAGAUGAGACCAAACGAGGUAAGUCUGACUGGAGUUCUUUCUGCAUGUUCACAAUCCAGGGCAUUUGAGUUUGGGAAGACGAUACACGGGUUUGUAGAGAAAUCAGGGUAUAGUUGGAUAAAAUCUUCAGUCCAAACUAAGACAAGCAAUUGGCAGUGGAAGUUCAAGGGAAACUCGAUCGGUAUAUAUUAUGAAGAGCAUGAGAGGGAGAAAAGUGAAUCAGCUAAGAAUAUCCUUAUGAUACCAACAAUAUCAGAUGUUAGCACCGUUGAGGAGUGGAGAUCUGUGGCUAAAGACAUUGUGCAGCGUGAUGGGGAAGUCAACUGGCGAGCAACUAUUGUAGAUUGGCCUGGUCUUGGCUAUUCUGGUAGACCAAAGAUGGAAUACGACACAGAUGUCAUGGAGAAGUUUGUGGUCGACUUCAUGAACUCACCUGAGAGCCCAAUGAGCCAGUCAGGUAAUGAUGAUCUGGUAAUCAUCGGAGGAGGGCAUGCAGCAACACUAGCACUCCGUGCUACCCAACGUGGGCUACUUAAACCAUCAGCCAUUGCUGCUGUCGCACCUACGUGGGCUGGACCCCUGCCUAUUGUCUUUGGUCGUGAUUCUUCCAUGGUAACCAGGUACGGUAUGCUAAGAGGAACUCUAAGAGCACCUGGAGUUGGUUGGAUGAUGUACAACAUGUUGGUGAGCAACGAGAAGUCUAUCGAGUCUCAGUACAAAUCUCAUGUUUAUGCAGACCAGACCAACGUGACCGAUGCCAUAAUCCAAAGCAGAUACGAGUUAACAAAGCAGAAGGGAUCACGCUACGUCCCUGCAGCUUUCUUGACAGGUUUACUCGACCCUGUUUCAUCCCGGGAGGAAUUUCUUCAACUCUUUGCUGAUUUGGAAGGAAAAUUUCCGAUUAUGGUGAUGUCAACGAAAGGAGCUCCAAAGAGAUCUAAAGCUGAAAUGGAAGCAUUAAGAGGAGCCAAAGGAGUUAGCAAAUUCGUGGAGGUUGAAGGUGCACUCUUGCCUCAAGAAGAGUAUCCUUCUCUUGUUGCUCAAGAGCUCUACAACUUCUUGCAAGAGACUUUUACUAAAUGUUAGAUAGAUUAAAAGCUCACGCAUACAGACAGACCCAUAAAAUGUGUGCACACUGCACAGGCGCAUAAUAUUGUUACUUCAUUGUUUGCAGAACUCUACAGUUAAAAAGUGUCUCUAUAUUGCUAAUUUUCUAAGUUUCAUAUAUUUGAAAUUUUGUAUAAGCUAUUCGGGUCUCUUUAAGUUUCGACUAGCAUGGUUUGUUUCCUUUACAGUUCAUAAAGACAUACAAAUAUGAUUUGAGCUAGUAA